AUGCGCAUCUCCGCCAUCCUCGGCUGCGCCGCCGCUCUGUUCUCAGGCGCCACCCAGGUGCAGGCUGCCUGCUCCGCUCCUCUGGUCAUCGACAACUUCUCCGGCUGGUCCUCCAACCAGAACAGCCUGAACUCAUGGACCAGCGAUGACUCGUCCAUGACCUCCGUCAGCGCCGCCAACGGCAAGCUCUCGUUCAAGCCGGGUGCCAAUGGCUACUUUUACGAGACCUUUGAAUGCCAGGCCGCCUCCAGCAACGGCUACAACUCCAUCACCUUCCCGGUCAAGGGCCCGGCCGGCGGAUCCUUCUCGCUGGAGAUCCAGUCCAAGACUGCCUGCUCUGCUUCGGCCUACACCAGCCACUAUUACACCGUCUCAGCCCUGACUGGUUCCACCCAGACCAUCACCAUUCCCUUGUCCUCCUUCUCCGGCGCCAAUGCCAAUGCCGUCUCCGCCUUUGUUUGGAGCGCCUUCUCCAGCGCCGACUCCACCUGGGAACUCGGCCAGAUUCAGUUCGGCUGCAGCGCUGCCUCGGCCACCACCUCCAAGCCUGCCAACUCGGCCACCACCACUCUGGUCUCCAGCAGCGCACCUGCUCCUUCCGGCCAGUGCACCAACCUGCUCAUCGAUGACUGGGUCUCGCAGUCUCGUCUGACUUUCCUCUACUACAAUGCCAUGCUCGAGCCCAGCUCUGACGACGGCUCCAUGUCGUCCAUUGUCGUCGACCCCACCACCAACAGGGUCACCUACACCCCCAAGGACACUAGCAGCUACUUUUACAGCCAGACCGGCUGCACCAAUGCCCAGAACCUCUAUGGCGGCAUCUCCAUGCGCUUGAAGGCCACCGCCGGAACCACGCUGUCUGUCGAGCUUGACUCCGUUACCACCUGCGGCGGUGAAUCCACCAAGUUGGUCACUGUGACUAGCAAAGACCUCGGCUGGACUUUCGAUGGAACCGAGAAGCUGUAUACGAUUCCUUUCUCGAAGUUCACCGGCCUUGAUACCUCCAAGAUUUCCACUGUUCUCUUCUCCCAGCUGACCAAGCCCGUCACCUUCGGCCCUAUGGCUUUCUACUGCGGCAAGACUGCCAGCGAAUACAUCCCAGCCACGACUUCCGCUCCCGCUGGUCCCACUUCCACGGUCGCCGCUCCUUCCAGCACUGCCUCUGCGCUGGUCAUUGACCAGUUCGGCAACCAGAACACCAAUGCCCUUGGAAACUGGCACGGUGCUGAUGACGGCAUGACUCUGACUUGGGGCUCCAACAAGCUGACCAUCGUGUCGGAUGAUGCCGACUACGCCUUCUACACCCAGCUCUCUGGAACUUGCCGCGACAUGACGUCCUACGACAACAGCUACCUCCACAUCGCCUACACCGGCUCCACCGCAUUCACCGUUGCUCUGCAACAGCACAACUCGAAGUGCGACGAGACCAUCGCUCCCUACCCGGAGACAUGGGACUCGAUCGAGGCCGCCCGCUACGCCACCGACACGGACAUCUACAUCCCCCUCAACCACUUCAACAUCGAGAGGGCGCGCGUCGUCGGCGUCGCGCUCAAGGGCUUCUACAAGGCUGACCCGGUCACGCUCAGCAAGAUCGAGAUCGUCAGCUCCGUGCCGGCCAGCUUCAAGGUGCCCAGCAAGCUGCCGUCGGGCAACCUGAUUUUCGCGUGCAAGCGGCCCAACAGCUUCGCCUUCGCCAUCGACGACGGCUCCCCCGAGUACGCGCAGGAGGUGCUCAAGAUCAUCAAGGAAGAGGACAUCAAGGUCACCUUCUUCACCGUGGGCGCGCCGCUGCUCGACCCCAGCACCAACCUCUCCAACGUCUACACCGAGAUGAUGGCGGCCGGCCACCAGAUCGCCAUGCACACGUACACGCACCCCAAGAUGGAGGGCCUGCCCGACUACGAGGCCAUCGACUGGGAGUACAACCAGGACAUCGCCGCCGUCGACGAGACGCUCGGCGGCCUGCACACGUCGUACUUCCGGCCGCCGUUCGGCAACGAGGGCGCGCGCAUGCGCCAGCGCCUCGCCGCCACCACGGGCGACGACAGCCCCUACAUUGUCAACUGGAGCGUCGACGUCGAGGACUGGCUGUGGGCCGAGACCAGCACCCCCGAGAAGCAGCUCGACGCCUUCAAGCGCGACGUCGACAAGGGCGGCAACCUGGUCGUCAUGCACUACCUGUACAACAGCACCGUCGGCUACCUGCGCGAGUUCAUCCAGAUCGCAAAGGGCACCGGCAAGCAGCUCAUGCGCGUGGAUCAGUGCAUGGAGGAUCCGAAUGCGCCGGCGUUGUAG